AUGGAGAGCUGGAAUCGGAAAUGGCGGACCCUAUGGUGCUGGUCGAACGUGUACUUGGGGUGGAAGGUAGCACAGGCGCGAGGCCGCGCGCUUCCCCAGGAAAAACAAGCGGCCUACUGGGAACAACGGCACGAGCACUUCGCAAACCUCGUGUGGGAUAACAUCAAAGAACUAAAGGGCUGGUGGGUCAAGGUUGGACAGUUCCUGAGCACCCGGAGCGAUCUGUUGCCUCAGCAGUACAUCCACCACCUCAUAAAAUUGCAAGACAUGAUGCCCACGACAUCGUACGCUGUCAUCGAGAAGGCCUUGCAGGCAGAGCUUGGCGACUUAAAGCUCAUUUUCUCCAAGAUCGACGAAAAGCCUCUGGCCUCCGCGAGUAUUGGUCAAGUGCACCGAGCCUGGCUGAAGGAUGGCACAGCAGUUGUGGUGAAGGUGCAGCACGCCGACGUCGAGUCACUUCUGAUGCAUGACAUGACAAAUCUUAAGCAACUGUCUUGGGCCUUUGGAAUGCUCGAACCAGGAAUGAACUUCGCUCCGAUUUUGGAGGAAUGGCAGAAGGCGGCGACCAAGGAACUUGAUUUUAGAUACGAAUUUGCGCAUCAGCAACGGGCGUACGAGGCGGCUCAGCGCUCAAGAAUCGGCGUCAUAAUUCCAAAGUGCUAUCCGAACUUGGUAACGAAGUCAGUUAUGGUGAUGGAUUUCAUUGAUGGAUUCAAAGUCACAGAUACUGCGAAGCUUGAUCAAUACGGGGUCGACAGAAGGGAGCUGAUGUACAGGCUUUGCGACAGCUUCGCGUAUCAAAUCCACAUUGAUGGCCUUUUCAACGGCGAUCCGCACCCAGGCAACAUCUUAGUAUCCGUCGACCCUGUUACCAAGGAAGCUUUCCCCGUGAUUUUGGAUUGGGGGCUUGUGAAAGAGUUCGACUCGAAGGGCCAGACCGCCUUUUCAAAGCUCGUCUACUCAGUUGCAUCCAUGGACGUGAUGGGGCUUAUGGAGGCUUUUGAGAACAUGGGCUUUCAAUUCAAAGAGGGAAAAGGUGCUGUGAUUGAUCCGGAGAUCUAUAUGGACGCCCUUCGGUUGGCUUUCCGGGAAGGGGAGGUGGAGAAGAAGGAAACGGAGGCCGUUCACAAGGCAGCGGGGGAGACCGUGCAAGCUGCAGUACAGGCCGGAAUAAACCGCAAGAAAAUUCAGGAGGCAAAUCCGCUCGAGGACUGGCCAAAGGACAUCAUUUUUUUUGUUCGCGUCGCAUCUCUCCUCCAUGGCCUCUGUGUUCAGCUGAAUGUGCACAUCCCAUUCUUACAGAUUAUGGUUCGUCGCGCACAGGAAUGCCUUUUCAAUCGCUACCAGCCACCGAGCCCGCUCAUCUACACUCACUUCCUGGGAGGCAGGGGGUCUGUCAAAUGCUCGCUCAACCAACGCUUAAGUCGGUUGCUGUGCUACCUUGUAAAGCAAAAGUUGGUGCUUGGAUGCCAAGUUGCCGUGUAUUUUGAGGAGGAAAUGAUCGUCGACGUGGCCAUUGGCCAGAUGGGACCUGUGGAUACGCGUCCAGUUACUCCUGAUUCCUUGUUUUGUGGAUACUGCACAACAAAAGGGCUCUUGAGUACUGCGUUGUUGCAGCUCGUAAGCAGCGGCGAACUAGAGCUUGACGAUGCUGUUUCAAGUUGGUGGGAUGGAUUCAUUCGCUACGGCAAGCGUGCAGUAACUGUGCAGCAACUGCUGACACACCGAGCAGGCCUGCAUCGCGCUCUGCCAUCCGACCUAACGCUAUCUCGGCUAGCCGAUUACAGUGAGAUGGUGCGUAUCGUCGAGGAUGCGCCUCCGGCAUGCGCUCCCGGUGCCUUAGGACGCUAUGCGUAUCUCACAUACGGGUGGGCUGUAAGCGAGUUGGUCCGGUGUGUGUCGGGUAUCCCCAUUGAUACGUUUAUACGAGAGCGGCUCCUAGAACCGCUGGACUUGGAAGGCGAAAUCUUCAUGAGGCUGCCAGAGGCGGCAGCAGAGCAGGCUGCUGCUGAACCCCCAUCGCACAUGCCCGCAGGUUUAGGACCAGAACAGAGCAGGGCCUCGCCAGCGCGCGAUUUCCCUACGCCACCCAGCCCCCGCUUGAAGCGGAGGAGCAGCAGCAGCAUUGGGAUCGCUUGGAACGCUCAGCAAUCCUUAAAUAAUGAUCCUGCUCUGCGGGGGCCUCGACAUUCCUCUCUCUCGAGGCAAAGAGAGACAUUUUCAACAGGCGAUCCGGGGGUCGAAUCCUUGUUCUACUCUGCCAACACUGCAGCGAAAUCAGUCGUCCCCCCCCAGCCAGAGUCGAGUAGCGACAAAAGCGCAGGCCCCCAGGGGGCUUCCUCCCCGAACGCCAAGAGCAGCUUCACUCACAGCCAGAAUUGGCAGCCCUCUAGUAGCGACAUCAAUCGCACCUUCCUGACGCCUGAUCAGCAGAAAGUUUCAACGCGAGGAAGACCGCACGAAGCAGCGUACCACGGAGAUAAAGGGAAAGCGGCGGGCGAAGCAAGGGGCCUCUCCAGCGGCAGUCCGUCAAUACGCGUUUCUCCGAAUCCUCGUUUGCCACAGCAGGACGGCUCGGUGGGAGGCCAAACCGCUGCUUCACCGCUCAAUCCAUUGCUAAGUGAUAAAGCAUUGGAGGACAGGGCCUCUGUUCUGAAGCCGCCAGCAGCCGCCAGCGCACCUGGACCUCGCAGGGGGCCGAGCCCUACAGGUAGGAAACCUCCGCAUCAGUGGGGGAAGCACCAGCUUUCCUCUUUUCCAAAAGGUGUGGAGAUUGUGCAGGCCAGCACGCCUUUCCUGUGGAGGCUAACAUCUGCUCGGAGGAAGAUAUCAUUCAGUCCAAUGACGCAGCAAGAGGUGCUGCAGCGCCUCGAACGAGCGAAAGGAAAGCUCAAGGCCGCCAAGCCGGAAGCUACCGAUGGAUUCUCCUCGGCAGAAGACACUCAGGCGAGAAAGUGCAUCGCUUCGGCCAUGCUGCAGCGCCGCCUCCGCCUCCACAAUAUGCAAGGCGGUUCCGGGCCUCUUGAGUCGAAUGGGGGAGCGCGAGCGAUUGCUACACGCACCGCGGAAAGUCUCCCAGAUUUGUUACCACAUUCGAGGCUGAACAGGCAGCGUGAGGACGAGCGUCAUAAAUCGGAAGAAGAGGACGGUUUCUCUCACAGCGAUGCUGCCACGGAAGGGCCGGGGACUCCGGAUUCUGACUCCGACACACCGUCAAUUACACCUGCUGCCCCUGGUGCCGCGCCGCGCGUUUCCGUGGUGGAGCUGAUACGCACAAAGCCACAUGUGAUGGACCCUCUUAUAUAUGACAGCCACCGCAUCGUGAACCAGCUGAUCCCGCCUACCAAUUGUCGUUGCACUGCGAGAGCCCUUGCGCGUUUCUACUCGGCCUUGGGAGAAGGCCGAAUCAUUAGCAAGCCACUUCUCGAUGCGGCGCGCGUUGCUCACACUGUGGAUCCCACAUUAGAGUCUCUGCUGCUUACUGGGGGAGGCAGUAGAACUUGGGGUUUGGGCUACCAGCUGUACGACUGCUCAUUCGUAAAUUCUCCCGGCUGGGGUGCAAUCCGUCCAGGGCAGGGAGCCCCCACCGGAUCUACCUUUCUGCUGCACAGCCGCGCGUCGAACUUUGGUGAGGGGAACCCGGUGCGACGUAGACGCUUACCACAAGAAAGCGGCCUGUUUGGAUAUGGAGGAGCAGGCAGUGGCGGGCCUGCUUCCAUGGUGGAUGCCGAAGCUCUGCUACGAGACAGGGGUUUGUCUGCUUCUCAUCCGUGGGGGGCGACCCUCGGCAUCAAACCUCGCGGCGUAGUUGGGCUUGGUCAUGGCGAUAUGGGAGGAUCCAUAGCAAUGUGUUUUCCGGAAAUGAAUCUCUCUAUUUGCAUCCUUCUAAACGAUGUCUUGACGGGGGCAGAGGCUUCACAGACUAUCCUAGAGUUCCUGCUUAAAUGUUUUGGCUUGCAGCCAAAGUGGCAGACCCAAGUGAGUGUUGAAGAGGUAUUGAAGAACUUAACGCCAGUGCCUUUUGAAGACUGA